AUGACAUGCACACAAGGAACAUGGUGGCAAAGGAAGCUGGCCUUGCGACUUUUCAUGCGAUGGUCCAUUUCACGCGGGCCCAGGGUGUACCUUGCUUACGUAGCGCCAGAGGUCCUUGGUAGAUCUGCGUCUCAACAUGUCUCAACAACUCCGCAAGUGUCCCGGUCCGUUUCCGGACUUACCUAUUUAUAUGCUAUGCCUAACACUAUGAUGCCUGACUUUGGAUCCAGGCGUUUUGCCAGGAAUUCUGCAGGUUUUUUUCGCCCCACCUGCCCAAAGCCGUUGUUCGCUCAAGCUGAAGAGACGCUACGCUCGCACCCUCGCGGCAGGAUGGAGGCGCCUCCCCCGCCUCCACCGGACGACCCGCCGGGGCCUGCGAUUGAAGUCACCUCGCUGGAGAUGAACCCGGCCGAGGAGUGCGCCUUCGAGGACGGCUUGGGCCUUGCCAUUGGUUUUACCUCAGACAGCCCUUUGUUGGGCUUCACUUGGAGAAUCAGUUAUGUGGUCGAUACUGCAAAGAGACGGUAUAUUGUUCAGGUGGGGCAGACCGAGCCAGCGGACUAUGCGCCGGGGCCGAAUGCCAUGACUUACCUGGCAGAAGGCCUCAGCAUCGAGGAAGUGCCAAAGGCUAGGCAGAGUUUGAAUGGCAAGAGCUCUAUGCGAAUCCAGAGGCUUUUCCUGCAAGCCUGUCGCUGCUCCAAGCAAUGCUUUGAGCGGCUUGCAAAACAGCUGGACGAGUUGGGCAAGUUCUUGGAGUUGUUUUGGAAACUGGGCAAGCUACAGCAGGAUACCUAUGUGCAUACCUGA